AUGGCAAGGGAAAAGACGUCCGCUUGUGAUGGGUGUUUCAUUCUCAAAGAUCUGCCUCAAGCUGCGUUCAACGAUACUGAUGAGUUAUUUGGAACAGACGUAAUUGGGGAGGCUUACAAGAAACUUAAAAAGAGAUACGAAGAAGGUGAGAAAGCCCCUGAGCUUUUAUGGCGACUGGCACGAGCAACACUAGAGCUGGCAGACAUUGAGAGUGACAAGGAGAGGAAGAGAUAUUUGAUUUUGGAAGCCACAUCGUGUGCAGUAGAAGCUGCGAUUUACGAUGAGAAGAACAUCAAUACUCUCAGAUGGGCCGCCGUUGCUACCGCAUAUAACAGCGAUUACCUUUUCGAAAUGGACAAAAUUCUUGAACUUAAAAAGACAAUCGAAUACACCACCAAAGGCCUUAGAUUGAAUCCAGAUGAUUAUGUACUGCUAUUCGUCAGAGGGAGAACAAUAUUUCAGCUCUGCAAUUUGAACUCUAUUGAAAGAAAGAAAGUGGAGUCGGUGUUCCAAUUGACGGGUAACGAGCCGCCACCUUCAGUUGAUAGGGCGCGUUGGUACUUCCUGAAGUCAUACGAGAUAGAGCCCAAGUAUCUUCCCAACUUACACUACCUGGGUCUUUGUCUUAUCUCACAGGGCAACAAGGCAUGCGUACAGAAGAAGCAAGAAGAAUUUUACGCGAAGCUAUGGACCGCAGAGUGGAAGGCGCCAACGUUACAGUACAAGCGGAGUGUGCCGAACUACUUAAGCAGUGCUGACAUGUUUUCGAAAUCAGUUUUCGUGGUGAUAAUAUUAGAGUGUUUCACUAAAGUGAAGGAAGCAAACCGUGUUGUUCAAUAUUUUCCAGUUUUUUUAUUCGUAAAUCUCAACAAAUCAUUCGAAGGCUGUCGCAUGAAACAAGCGAGUGACGAGAAACAUCUUGAAAAUCAAAGUGUCAGAAUGGCCACAACAUCAGACAGUAUCAUUCAACUCUACCGAACACCUCCUUCUAGCGAACAGAAGGAGUUGACUCGGAAAGCUCAAGCCUACCAGUACGAACUGACACUUGGUAUAGCUGCCGUUAAACGGGUGUUACUGCACUGA